AUGCUUCGACAAGCCCGCCGUCUCCAUGCGUCCGUCAUGCCCGCGGCUUCCGCCCUCAAUGCGCAACGCUUCUUUAGCAGUAAGGUGUACGCCAACGCUGACGACGCCGUCAAGGACAUCAAAUCUGGAUCCAAGCUGAUUGUGGGUGGUUUUGGACUUUGCGGUAUUCCCGAAAGCUCAAUCGAUGCGUUGGUGAGCCUCGGGUCCAAGGACUUGACAUGCGUAUCCAACAACGCCGGCGUCGACGACUACGGGUUGGGCCUGUUGCUUCAAUCUCGCCAAAUCAAACGCAUGAUCUCAUCGUACGUGGGUGAAAACGCCUUGUUUGAGAAAUUGUAUCUUUCUGGCGAACUCGAAGUCGAACUCACGCCCCAGGGCACCCUUGCGGAACGCAUUCGUGCGGGCGGGGCAGGUAUCCCAGCAUUCUUCACCCCGACAGCUUACGGCACCAUCAUCCAAGAAGGAGGGUUUGGGAUCAAGCUCAAGAGCGACGGGUCCGUGGACAUUCCCAGCAAAGCGCGCGAAGUGCGCGAAUUCAACGGCCGCCACUACGUGAUGGAAGAAGGCAUCACGGGAGACUUUGCGCUGGUCAAGGCCUGGAAAGGCGACAAGGACGGCAACUUGGUUUUCAAAGGCACCACGCGCAACUUCAACGUGGACGCGGCCAAGGCUGGCCGCACGACCAUCGUCGAAGUCGAAGAGUUGGUCGAGACCGGCGCGCUGCAUCCAGACGAAAUCCACGUGCCGGGGGUGUACGUUCAACGCAUUUUCAAAGCGACCAAGAACGAAAAGCGCAUCGAGCGGCUCACCGUGUCCGACAACGCGAAGAGCGCCAAGGUAACCCCGGACCGCGAACGCAUCAUCAAGCGCGCGGCCAAGGAACUUCAAGACGGGAUGUACGUGAACUUGGGCAUUGGGCUGCCGACGCUGGCCCCCAAUUACGUGCCAUCGCAUGUCAAGGUGGUGCUCCAGAGCGAAAACGGCCUCUUGGGCAUGGGGCCGUACCCCAAGACGGGGGAUCAGGAUCCGGACUUGAUCAACGCCGGCAAGGAGACCGUCACGUACUUGCCGGGAUCGUCGACGUUUUCGUCGUCCGAGUCAUUUGGGAUGAUCCGCGGCGGCCACAUCCACCUGACCAUCCUCGGCGCGCUGCAAGUAGCGCAAAAUGGCGACCUCGCCAACUGGAUCAUCCCGGGGAAGAUGGUCAAGGGCAUGGGCGGCGCCAUGGACCUGGUCGGGUCGGGCAACCGCGUGGUCGUGACCAUGGAGCACAACGCCAAGAACGGCAGCGCCAAGAUCCUCAAGAGCUGCAAGCUGCCGCUCACUGGCAAGCAAGUCGUGAGCCGCAUCAUCACGGAACUCGCCGUGUUCGACGUCGUCGAUGGCGGCCUCGUGCUCAUCGAACACGCCCCCGGCGUGACCGUCGAUGAGAUCAAGAAGCGCACGGAAGCAGACUUUACCGUGUCGCAGACCCUCACCACGAUGGACUAA